AUGGGCAAUGCCACGCCCAACGACAACAAGCAACGUGAGGCAGAUGAAGACAAAAAGGCGCUGGAGGAUAUGCUGGACGCAGAGGAUUCGGAUGAGGAAUUUCCAUCAAGUGCUCCAGUGAAGUCUCAAGAGGCAUCGCAAUCUGAGCCAUUAAAUCUUGCGCCAGCAGCAAAGUAUUCCGACCCCGAGAUCAUGCGGGCUUUCUACCAGCGCCUCUUUCCUUUCCGCUACCUCUUUCAGUGGCUGAAUCACUCGCCGUCUCCCACUAACGACUUUGGUCACCGCGAGUUCGCGUUUACACUUCAAAACGACGCGUAUCUUCGCUACCAAUCGUUCCCUACUGCAGACUUGCUCCGCAAACAAUGCAUUCAAAUGAUUCCCUCGCGUUUUGAAAUCGGCCCCGUCUACUCCACCAACCCACGCGACCGCAAAUCGCUUCGCAAAGCCACCGCCUUCCGUCCAAUCUCUAAAGAGCUCGUGUUCGAUAUCGAUAUGACGGAUUACGACGAGAUCCGUACGUGCUGCACCGGCGCCAACAUCUGCCACAGCUGCUGGACGUUUAUUACAAUGGCUAUUAAGGUGGUGGAUGUAGCACUCAGGGAAGAUUUCGGCUUCAAGCAUAUCCUGUGGGUCUACUCCGGUAGGCGUGGUGCUCACGCAUGGGUGUGCGACAAAAGCGCAAGAGACAUGGACGACCCGAAGAGAAGGGCCAUUGCAGGAUAUCUGGAGCUGCUGAAGGGAGGAGACAAGGGCGGCAAGAAAGUGAACAUUAGGCGGCCACUUCACCCGCAUCUUGAACGCAGCUUGAAGGUCCUCCGCUCGCACUUCCAGAGCGACAUUCUCCUCGAGCAAAACCCAUGGUCCACGCCCGAGAGGUCCUCGCACCUACUUGACCUCCUGCCAGACAAGCAGCUCGUGGACUCGCUGCGCAAGAAAUGGGACUCAGCGCCGUCGCGGCCGUCCUCACAAAAGUGGGCCGACAUCGACGCGCUCGCCUCGUCUGGUGCCUCCAAAACGCUCGACACCAAAGCUCUCAGGGACGCCAAGAUCGACAUCCUGCUCGAGUACACGUACCCGCGGCUGGACGCCGAGGUGUCCAAGAAGCUGAACCACUUGCUCAAGUCGCCGUUCUGCGUGCAUCCGGGGACGGGGCGCGUGUGCGUGCCCAUUGACACGCGCAACGUCGAGGAGUUUGACCCGCUCGCCGUGCCGACGGUGACGGAGCUGCUGGGGCAGAUUGACGAGUGGGACCGGGACAAUGCCGGCGCGAUGGAUGGCGACAAGAAGGUGCCGGACUGGGACAAGACGCAGCUGAAGCCGUAUGUGGAGUUCUUUAGGGGCUUUGUGGCGGGUGUCUUGAAGGACGAGAAGUCGGCGAAGCGGGAACGCGAGGAUGGCGACGUUAUGGAGUUUUGA